GUAUAAGUACAUCGGCAACAAUGGACUUAAAAUUAGUUGUGAAACAUUUAGUGAAUGGUACUUUAGCAGAGAGCUUAUGUUGUAUCUGUCUCACACACUUAAAUGCUCAGAGUGAGAAUAUUUUUACAAAAAUCUGUAAGGAAGAUAAGGAGUACUGUAUAGCUGAUGUCCUUGAAGAGGUCUGUAACAUUAAGUUUACAGAUUCCGAUCAAUACAAUGUGUGUCUGAAAUGUUUCGAUGCCGCAUCAACUGCCUACAGAUUCUAUUUAUUGGCUAAGCACAAUCAUGAGACCUUACAUCUCUAUGUGAAUGAAUUGGAAAACAAUUUAAUAUCAAUAUAUAUACCGAAAGAAGAGACAGCCGAGAAACUUGACAGUAUUUGCAUCUCAUUACCUAUAUUAACAUCACAAACCCCCAUAUUUGACUAUAGCAUAGACAAUAUCAUUACACAGAAGUAUUGUAAUAGUCCAAAUAGAAAAGAUGUUAAUAAAUAUAUUGAUACAAAUAUUAAAAUAGAAAAACAUGAGAAAGAAAGUGAUUGUGAGAAAGAAGAAAUUGAAGAAGAGAAUGAGAAAAAUAAAGGCUCUGAUGAUGACGAAAUUGUAAUUAUAAUGAGUGAAAAUGGUCGACAGACAUGUUACAUGGCUCAAGAAGAUGGAUCUUUGGUCUUGAUCAGACCUAACAAAUGUAAAAAGAACACAGAUAUAUGUUAUACUGAAGAAAAGAAGAAGAGAAGAAAAAGAGAGCCCAUGACAUAUAAAAAAUGUAGUCAAUGCCCUAUAAAAUACAGAUUUAUAGCAAAAUUAAAAGAACAUAUGAAAACCGAACAUAAUAUUAGUUUGUUUGUUUGUAAGAUAUGCCAAGCUCUAAUGGAAGAUGAGGAAGAAUUUGUUCACCAUUUAAAAACCCAUACAAACAUGCACCAAUGUGAGAUAUGCAACAUUGUGUUCAAAAAGCGUGAUACAAUUAUAUCACAUUUGAAAUGGCACGAGGAAAUGAAGAAUACAGGGCAAGUUAAUGGCGCUAAUGUUUGUAAAAUGUGCGGGGACAUACUCCAGGAUGAGGAUGCUUUGAAGGAGCACUGUGAUAAGAAACACAAUAAAAAGUACCCUUGUUAUUAUUGUGGCCGUAUGUACAAAGGGGAAACGGGUUUAAAUAUGCAUAUAAAGAAACAUGAGAUGUACAUGAAAAUACGGGAUUUAAAGCGUAAACAUAAUGAUAAAAGGAUAUCCAAUGAAGGUCGAAAGCCAGUAAAGACAGAGGACGUUCACAAAACAGCUGAUACCAAAUUUACAUGUGAAACUUGCGGCCGUAACUUCUUAGGGGAACGGGCCCUGAUGUGGCAUAAUAGACUGCAUACCAAUGAAAGACCUUUCAAAUGUGAUGUGUGCGGUCGCGGGUUCGUAUCCGUGAACCGCCGUAAUCAGCACAAAGUGUGCGCCCACACUGUGCCCACGCGCCGCUGCCCGCUGUGCCCGGCGCUAUUUCAUCUCCGAUCUAUGGUCAACACGCAUAUAAAGAAGGUGCAUCUAAAAACACACAAGCGAAGAAAUAGAACAAGCAGACACAAGGAAGUGUUCUGGCACACAGAACCCGUGCCGAUUCAGGAGUUGAGUGUGUCCAUUCAGAAUGAGAUAUUGGAGCUGCAAGCAGCUAAGGACGAUACAGUUGAAAUACAAUAUGUAAGUGUGGAAACACCUUGGCCUUAG